AUGUCGCACCACACCACGCGUGGGGGAGACCCUGCCGGCUGGAUGACGUACACCCCGCUGGGGCUGGUCUUGCGGAGAUGGCUGCAGUCUGCAGGGAACCCUGCAACAGCAGCAGUGGCAAACACAGGUUGGCCCAAGGACUGCAGCGAGAUCCCUGCUGGCAGCCGCAGUGGUAUCUACAUCAUCCAGCCAAAAGGGCUCCACCACCUUGUGGUGUACUGUGAAAUGAAUGUGACAAACGGGGGCUGGACGGUCAUCCAGAGGAACCAGAAAGACACACCAGUCACCUGGGCUGAGUCCUGGAGCACCUACAAGUAUGGCUUUGGGAACGUGCGCAGCGAGUACUGGCUGGGCACUGAGUACAUCCAUCAGAUUGCCACGCAGAAGGUCUAUCAGGUCAGGUUUAUCAUCCAGGACUCCACAGACAACAUCAAUUUCGCAGACUACAACCUCUUCAGUGUGGAAGAUGAGUCCCACGGCUACCGUCUGAGGUUGGGCUCCUACGCAGGGACGGCAGGGGAUGCCAUGACCUCAGACAAUCCCAAUACCAUGCAUGACAACAUGAAGUUCUCCACAAAGGAUCAGGAUCAGGACACUUACAGUAAGAACUGUGCCUACAGCUAUGAGGGCGGAUGGUGGUACUCAGCUUGUUAUUCUGUACGGCUGAAUUUCAAGGGUGGCAUGACAUGGGGCAGCCUGUGCAAAGGGAACUGCAAAUCCUCCCUUAUCCUCAUCAAACCAGCUCCAUAUUGUUAG